AUGACUUCAAAUGAGCAGGAGUUCUGGCCAUUGAUUUGCUCCUCCUCUCACCCAGGGAUGCAGGAAAUCCUUAACCAUGUCUUAGAAGAUAUUGAGCUGUUUAACAGUAAGCUUAUUCAAGCUGUUAGCUCCAAAUCUCAGAAAGAGAAGAAGAAAAAAAAGAAAUCAAAAAAGCAGAAAGAAGCACUCCCCCCUGAGGAAGAUUAUGUGGACUGCCUGCAGAAAAUAAAAUACGCCUUAAAUAUGAUUAGCCACCUAGAUGCCCAUCUCCAGAAUCCAAGUGCUAAUGAUCUGGUUCACGUUUUGUUCAAGAUUCUUGAUUUUAUCCUGAACAAUCUCCCAAAGCCUGACCUAGCGCAAAAUGUGGUUCUACCUUUCCUGAUCCCAAGUGCCAUAUAUCUCCUCAGCUCAACCACGAGUGUGGAAGAACAGGUCAUCUGGAAGUCUUUAGGAGAUGCAUGGAGCACGCCCAGGUCAGAUUGGCCAGGCGGUGAGAAAUUUCCAAGUUAUGUCCCCAAAUUCUCUAGUGGUUGGGAAAUGCCAGCCCUGGAACCGUUAAGAUCUCCAACACCCAAUCAGAGAGAACAGAUGGAAGAUCCACAUGGUGGACCCUUUGAUAGGCCACAGAAGGAUCAACAAUUUGCAAAAGCAAUGUACGAUUUCAUGAAAAGAAAAAACAGAGAACUCACAGUCAUGAAAGGUGAUGUUCUUGAGGUGAGGAAAGUGUAA